GUGAGGUCGUCGUUCGAAUUCAUCGAACAUCAACUGGUGGAUUUUGGCCGGAAAGCGUACGUAGAUAUCAAGGAUUUACUUGCAAACAUAAUCCACCAUGACGGAUAGACGCAUUCUUCUGGCAAUCUUUGGCUUUCUACUCGUCAUUGCCGUAACACAGGCAGAGGAAAGCGCAUUGUCAAAGAUCGUAAGGGCAAAGAGAAGCCCUAAUCAUCACGGCAGAAAUGACGCAGGCUUGGUUAUUGCAGGAGGCAAUUACGACACGAAAGCGAAGAUCGAUUGCGAGGCUAAAAACCAUGUUUUUAGUGAGAAGUUUAACCGCUGUUGUAAAUCGAGCGAGAUAGUUGACGACAAUACUGGGAUGUGUCGACUGCUUAUAACAAGUCCCUGUCAGCCUGGGGAGACGCAUGUCGGUCACCACAGAGCAUGUAUCAAGGCCUAGAAUGCAACGUUAGUAACUGGAAGCUCAUCAUUAACAACGCAUGUUGGAUGAACUCCAAGUUAUCCGUGUCGAAGUGAAGCAAAGCUGAGGACACUGUUAUAUUUUUUGAUUACAUCGACAUUGUUUAACCAUCAUUCUGUUAGCCUACCUGCAAGGACGUUGCUUUUACUGCCACAAUCACCACGGAUGGAGGAACAAUCAAACCCCGCUAUCAAGAACAGACUGUACGGUCCUCGGGAUACAGUUACAUGUACAUGUAAUGUACAUAUAGUAUGUACAUGUGGUAUAUCGAUAUAUAACCGUUAAAGGCCUACGCCGUUCGUUCAAAAUUUUGAAUUUGUAAUUGAAUUUAAAAAUGUCCAAUUGCAAAAAUACGUACUAAAUAUAAAUUUCAACAUUGCCGUUGUGUAGACUGAUAUACAAAUACUAUGAAUACCAAGUUUAAACAAAUUUGUAUUCACAAUAACUGCACUACGGCAUUGUGUAUAAGUUGAUUUCUAUUCAACUGGACCACAAGUAAUUACGAACGGCGUACCCCUUUAAAUAUUAAGUUACUAUAACCACGAAAGUGUAGGUCAAAUGUAUGUGCUAUACAUCCGUGCCGUGCAUGACCACCCUUGAAAAUCAAUUCUCCAGAUUGCCCAGAAUCAGACAAGCCUUUCAACUUGCCGAGUUUGCCUGUCCCAGGAAAGGAAGAAGCCAGUCAAUACGGUUAGAUAAUGCUGUGUUGUUGGAGCCUUUCAAUAAAAUACGGUUGUGUUCAUCUGGAAAUACGGUUUUUCAAGCAUGAGAAUGCACCGCCGGUUUGCCCCAUGGAUAAUCUACGAAUUGGAAAAAUACAUGGGUAAAUCUUGUACGUGCACCACGGAGAAACCCGUUGGUUUGUUUUGAGCCUGCAUGUGACGUCAUACAUGUAGUGUCCAUGUUACCAGUGGCAAAUCGCUGCAAGUUCAAUUGCUAUUCUGUCGGUUUUUUUCAACCAAAUUGCUCAUGCCAAUUCCUUAGUCAAUAUUUGUUUUUGGCGUAAAAACGUACAGUAGAACCUCCCUUAACUCUCGAUUAAGGACACCCUUUCUAUUAAGGACACUCGUUUUGGUCCCAAAUUGGGUGUUUCCAUUCAAUUUCACCUCUCUACUCAGGACACCUCUCUAUUAAGGAGAGCACUUGUCAGUCCCGAUGGUGUCCUUAACAGAGAGGUUCUUUUGUAGUAAAAUGACUUAUGUUUGUACUUAUUUCCAGAAAAGAAUUAUAGUGCAGCUGCA